CGAUCGCACCAUGCCCCUCUCCCGCCACACCGGCCAAAUCCCGGAGUCCAACUGGAUCUUGAGCUUCAGGGAGAUGACGGAGCCCUGGAAAGGCGCCGUGGGCUGCUUCGGCGUGGCCGUGUUCUUCGCCAUGACCAUCGGCAUCAUCUCGUGGCAGGCGAUGGAGCAGUCCCCGGAGGAGUGGGUGCUGCGGGGCCGGGACGCGGGGAUGCUGUGGGAGCGGGGCAGCGGGGCUCUGCUGCUGCGGGCAYUGCCGGCCGGCCGGCCAGUGCUGGCCAUCGCCGUGGGCAGCGUGCCGGCCACCGAGCCCCCACCGCCCCGGGACCGCUGCUGGCACGAYGGAGGCCAGUUCUGCUAUUCCUGGGAGGAGGAUGCCGAGCUCCGGCUGUCCCUGGAGCCGCCGGCAGCCCCCGGCACCGAGUGCUACAGCGUCCGCUGGACCCCGCUGCGCCCCGACGUGACCCUGAAGGAUUGUUUUUCCAUGGCCAAUGUGUCCUGGUAUGGAGGGCCRAGCCUCCGUGCCCAGCGCUGGCCCCUCAAUGAUGCCGAGAGCCCCGCGCAGCCCUUGGUCAGCAGCAACCUCGGYGCAAACCCCGAUGGCUUCGGGCCUGUCCUGGAGAGGUUCUUCCUGGGAUCCACAGGAGUGACRGUGACAGUGGCUCCCGAGGUGCCGCUGCGGCUGUCCCUGGAGAGUCACCGGCAGUUCUGCCUGGAGACACCGGCGGGCCGAGCCGAGGCGCUGCGCUACGAGCUGUGUGUSAGCGCCGAUGUGGCGGCCGCCCGGCGGCACAAGGCCAGCGCUCCGGCCGGGGCGGCUCGGACACUGCCGGACACCGCGCUCCUGCGGUCUCCCAUCUGGCGGUACCACGGCCCGGAGGGUUCCGCCGCCAGGAUCCGGCGAGGSCUGAGGGCGCUGCUGAGGAGGCUGAAGCGGCAUCGCCUUCAKGAGGGCGCCGUGGCCCUGGGCGAGCGCGGCACCGCCGUCCUGGCCGCCGCGGACGUGGUGCCCUCGGAGCGCUGGAGGAGACAGGCGGGCCCGGCGCUGGUGGAGCCGCUGUCGCUCGCCAUCACUCUGUCCCCGUACGCCCCCGUGGCCUCCCCGCUCUUCCUCCGCUCCCUGCGCGGCGGCGAGGCCGCGGGAUACUGGCUCAGCCGCCAGCCCCGACCCGGGGGCAGCUCGAUCCCAYUGCUGACCACCUGGAAGGGGCAGCUCUGUGCCCGCCUGAACGUCACCAGCGAGGAGGCACUGGGCUGGUAUCUGGCUCGUGCCCGGCGCCUGUGGCAGGCGCUGGGGGCCACCUACGUGAUCUUCGAGGGAGUGGAGGGCAAUUCCUUCCUGGAGGARGAUGUCCCCGCUCCCACCGAGCUGGCGGGUGAUGGAUACGCCGAGGUGCUGGCAGCAGCGCUGGCGACGCUGGGCAAUGGCACCAUCGUCAGCGCYGGGACCAGAUCCAGUCACCUCCCGCUGUUUGUCCAGAUGAGUCCCCUGCGCUCCGACUGGAGCCACGCGGGGCUGAAGGGACUCAUCCCCUCCGUGCUGCACUACAGCCUCCUGGGCUACAACUUCUUCAUCCCUGAUGCAGUAGGAGGGAGCGUGGCCGGAGCCGCCCAGGGGGACCCGGAGCUGUUUGUGAGGUGGCUGCAGAUUGUGACAUUCCUGCCCGUGAUGGCCUUUGGGACCCCGCCCUGGCUGUGCUGCGAUGCCUGGGUCGUGAAUCUGACCCGUCAGUGCAUCCAGAGGCACCGGGACUUUGUUGUUCCACUGCUCCUAAAAUACAGUGAGGAGUGGCAGAGUUUGGGAUACCCCAUCUUCCGUCCUGCCUGGUGGCUCAGCCCYACGGAUCCAGCUGCAUUCACCGUAGAGGAUGAGUUUCUCAUUGGAGAUGAGGUUCUGGUUGCUCCUAUAACAGAAAAGGGACAAAUGUGGAGGGAUAUCUACCUGCCAGGAGAAGGGCACCUCUGGCUGGACACCAACACUGCCCGAGUGUUCGACGGAGGCACCACCCUCCGGAAUUACUCCGCCAGCCUGGCCGAGGUGCCGGUGUUUGUGAAAACCUCCUGAAUCCAGGGUGGGCAGCUCUGGGACAGAGACCUCUGAGGGCAGUGCUGGCCACAGGCUGUCCUCUCCGACUUCCAGCCUCUUUGCACUUUUUCAAGAUCCUCUUUUUUGUUUUUUUGUUUUUUUUUUAUUUCAGCAGAAAUUGUUUGAAUUUUCUUACUUGUUGUUAUCCUGAAAUAGCAGCUCUGCCACUAACAUCCAUCCACACCRAAUGCUGCAUUUUUCCAGGGUUUUCCCGGUGAAAUGUUUGUGKGUAUGUGCUCAGGUAGGCACAUCCAGCAUUUCCAGGCCCCUGGCGCCACACUCAGAGAGGCAGGGGGUGGAUUUUCCAGGAGAUAAAYGAAAAUCAUCUUGUAUCUCAUGGGAAGUUCUGUAUUUAAUGCAAAGAUUAAAUCCAGGGAAAAAUUAACAGGACAGUUUUGUGGCCAUCUCCUGUUCUGAACAGUGCUUCUCCCACCUGAGCCUGUGUGGUUUCUAGGAGUCCCAGGUAGCAAGAGCCCACCUUCUGAGUAUAUUUGGGGAAUCGGGUGAAUUCCAGGUCUAUUUGGAGCAGGUUUUUGGGGAAGAAAAAUAAACUUGAUCAAGCA